CUUUUUCCAGGCGGCCGGGAAGAUGGCGGACAUUCAGACUGAGCGUGCCUACCAAAAGCAGCCAACCAUCUUUCAAAAUAAGAAGAGGGUCCUGCUUGGAGAAACUGGCAAGGAGAAACUCCCACGAUACUACAAAAGCAUGGGUUUGGGCUUCAAGACGCCCAAGGAGGCCAUUGAGGGCACCUAUAUUGACAAGAAAUGCCCCUUUACUGGUAACGUUUCCAUCCGAGGGCGGAUUCUGUCUGGUGUGGUGACCAAGAUGAAGAUGCAGAGGACCAUUGUCAUCCGCCGGGACUACCUCCAUUAUAUCCGAAAGUACAACCGCUUUGAGAAACGCCACAAGAACAUGUCCGUGCACCUGUUCCCCUGCUUCAGGGAUGUCCAGAUCGGCGACAUUGUCACAGUGGGCGAGUGCCGGCCCUUGAGCAAGACUGUGCGCUUCAACGUGCUCAAAGUCACAAAGGCUGCUGGCACCAAAAAGCAAUUCCAGAAGUUCUGAGACUAGACGUCUGUC